GCUUUCUUCUUCGUUAGGGGGAGUCUCAAAUCCAAUUAAUCAUUUUUUAAUUAUUGUUUAUCUAUAGCUAUUUAAUUAUAAUAUUAAGUAACUUUAACAAAAUAGCCGGUUCAGGGAUGGAAAGCAGCACACCUUUUUACUACAUGACUCGCGCUUCCGGUCACGGUGAAGUCUGGACUGAUUUCACUGAAGACGCCAAGUUCGCUCAGUAUGGCUGGCGCUGCACUAGGAACGAGGACGCCUAUUCAGUCGCUACACUGGUCGGAAACUGGUCAGAAAAACGCUUCGACAUCGGUAGAGCAAAAGCAUUACGGCGCCCUCUGCCGUCCCAGUUUUCUCACUACUAUGACACCACAUACUCCUCCACCUACAACAAGGAAGAUAAAACACCAGUUUACAGUGCUUUUAAGAAAGAGCCCAGAAGCUUCCCGGGUCACCAGCCUGAAUUGGACCCACCUCACACCAAGUGUGCGCCAAACUCCUGCUACAGAUUGGACUUUGGUAGGCAUCACUCACCCGGGAAGCCCUGAUCAGUUAUCCUGGAAAUUAUUAUGAAAACCAGUUGUAGCCUCUUGAUAAAGUCACAUCUUUCCUAUGAGUACACGUCUGUAUUGCGUCAAGAGCAAAUAAAGAUGUUAAAAGUGCAA